AUGGCAUCCAUUGUGAAAGCAUUGCGGCCAGUGGCCCAAAGGGCAGCUUCGACAGCUCGCCCUGCUUUGAGAACUGCUCGUCCCAGCAGAAUAUACCACCAUGCGAGACCCUUAUCCACAACCACCUGCCGACGAAAUGACCCUGUUGACAUUACGGAAAUCCCGCCCACGCCCAUCACGCACCUGUCCGAGAUAGAAACGGCAAUGGCAGAUUCGGUGUCCAAAUUCGCAAACGAGGUCAUAGCGCCAAAGGUCCGAGAGAUGGAUGAGAAUGAGGCUAUGGAUCCCACCGUUGUUGAGCAACUAUUCGAGCAGGGACUCAUGGGCGUCGAGAUUCCUGAGGAGUACGGCGGCGCCGGGAUGAACUUCACGGCUGCUAUUGUGGGCAUUGAGGAGCUGGCUAGAGUAGACCCUAGUGUCAGUGUUAUGGUCGAUGUGCAUAAUACGCUGGUCAAUACGGCGGUGUUGAAUUAUGGUAGUGCCGAGUUGAAGAAGAAGUGGUUGCCACGACUUGCUACAAACACAGUUGGCUCUUUCUGUCUUUCCGAGCCAAUCUCGGGAUCCGAUGCUUUCGCCCUUGCUACCAAGGCUACUAAAACCGAUUCGGGAUAUAAGAUCUCCGGAAGCAAGAUGUGGAUUACCAAUUCUAUGGAGGCAGACUUCUUCAUUGUGUUUGCGAACCUAGACGUUAGCAAGGGCUACAAGGGCAUUACCGCGUUCAUCGUCGAGAAGGGCACGAAGGGAUUCUCAAUCGCCAAGAAGGAGAAGAAGCUCGGCAUCAAGGCUAGCAGCACGUGUGUUCUCAACUUCGACGAUGUGGAAAUCCCCAAGGAGAAUCUGCUCGGCGUGGAGGGACAGGGCUAUAAAUAUGCCAUCUCACUGCUGAAUGAGGGACGAAUCGGCAUCGCAGCCCAAAUGACUGGACUUGCACUUGGUGCCUUCGAGAACGCCGCCAAAUAUGUUUGGAAUGACCGAAAGCAAUUCGGCCAAUUGGUGGGCGAUUUCCAGGGCAUGCAGCACCAGAUUGCGCAGUCCUAUACGGAAAUUGCAGCGGCCCGAGCACUGGUUUACAACGCCGCCCGAAAGAAGGAGGCGGGUGAGAACUUUGUCCAGGAUGCUGCCAUGGCUAAGCUCUAUGCAUCCCAAGUUGCUGGCCGGGUCAGCGGCCUGGCUAUUGAAUGGAUGGGAGGCAUGGGAUUCGUGAGAGAGGGCAUUGCGGAGAAGAUGUGGAGAGACAGCAAGAUCGGGGCUAUUUAUGAGGGAACUAGCAAUAUCCAGCUGACGACGAUUGCGAAGCUGCUAAAGAGCCAGUACACAUCGUAA